UAUGCAAAACCCUAUUUCCACAGGAAAUUAAGAUUAUAACAUGGUUAAGGCUGACAAUCAUCAUGAUUCUGAUGAAGAAUUAUAGGAGAAAUAGGAGAAAAGUUCAAAAUUAGUAAUUGAAGACGAAGAAGAAUUAAAAGAAGUUCACUAAAAUCAAUCAAAUAAUACUAAUAUGAAAUAAGAAGUCUAAUCAUAAAAAUAAGUUCAAAAGUAAUAAGAUAUGUAAUAAUCAACUAAUGAAUAAUAAAAAAAAGUUGUUGCUUAAGUUUAUCCGAAAUUCAUAAAUUUUGAUUAUUAGGACAUUAAUAUUAAAUUCAAACCUGAAUGGAAAGAUAAAAGGAAAAUGCCUGAACAAAAUAAAUUUGAAAAGAAAACUGUAAUAGAAAUUAAAGAGCCUAUUUUAUACACAAUGAAUAAAGAAAAAACAAAACAUGGAAGAUCAAUUUUUACAUCUUUAUUUUCUACAGAUUAUAGAUAUAUUUAUAUAACUGAUGGAUAUAUGUAUAUUUUACAAUUAAAGAAUGAUAAGAUGUUUGUAAAGAGUGUGAAUUCUUUAUAAAGGUUAUUUAAAAUAAUACUUAAAGGAGAUUAAAUUUAAUUAUGUUUCAUCAAUGCUAAUUUAGAUAAAACUAAACCACCUAAUGUAUAUAAAUUAUAAUUAUAUAAAAUUAGCUAAAAUCAUAUUAAUUCUUAAAAGGUAAAGAAUAAAAAGAGAAAUUAUUAAUGAGAGUGAGAGGAGAGAUUAAUAAAUUAGGGUAUGAUUUUGAUUUAAUGAAAUGA